AUGGCGAACGAAUUUUCAGCAAAGUAUACCAAUGCCAACGUUGGUCAAGAUGCAGCUCAUUAUGACUCUGAGUUGUUUCUCCGGCUGCACGACAGGAUGGCCAGGCUUCUCCCCUCAAGUGAGCUAGCGGCUGCAUUGCUCGUGGCCAUUCUCUGUGCCCAGAGCCGCGGCGACACAGUCGUGCGGCUAUUUCAGGACAUAGCAAAAGAGAAAUCCGAAGCGGAAGUCCGAGCAAUCUUUAUCGCGAAUCUUGACUAUACCACGCGGGGCCAAGAGACUACCACUACGCUUUAUCGUGGAGUAGCUAACUCGGAAGUGCGCCAAAUGACACAGCAAUACUUCCCUGAGAUGUCUUACUAUGGCCGUACCACUAUUUUCGGCUUUUUGGUCGGUUCCAGUCCGAUUUUCGAGCUAAAGGAUACAGAGAUCCUGGUGGCUGGUUCAAUCGCAGCCCUUGGUGCCACCCGGCAAGCCCGGAGCCACGUUAAAUGUUCGAUAUCAGUGGGAAACAGUGUGGAAACUGUUUUAGCCAUGAUAGAUACUGUGAAAGAGGUUGUUGCAUGGAAUAGAAGGCCUCUCCAAGGCGAAAUUGAUGUCGGGCAGUUGGCAAAAGAGCUGGAGCAAACUAUGGCGGAACAAUAA